AUGGAUGCCCAUACUUUUCACCUAGCUAUAGACCAACAGGUGGAGCUGCUUGAAAAAGCCCGCGAGGCCGAGUUACAGCUAUCGAAUGAAGACAUCGCUCAGGCAAAUUCCAAAGCGCUCAGCACCCGGGGUUUAGCGCUGCUGAAUCUAUGCAUUUCACGCUCCUAUACGGGGCUUGGGGGGAAGUCUGUUGUGGAAUUAAGCCCGGAUAGUUCCCUUGUAUCCGGAGGCAUACCUGCCCAUGGGCUCAAGACGGGAGAUAUAGUAAAGAUCCAAGAACAGUUGUCAAGUUCAAUCAAAAAGUCUCAAAAGAAAGAAACACAAGAUGAAGGUUUGAACGGGGUGGUGAUAAGAUCUGGCAGCCAGAAGCUCGCCGUUGCCCUGGAUAUGGAUAAAUCUUACCUCUCCAUAGACACUGCUAAACGGCUACGGGUUGUUAAAGUUGCCAACGAUGCCCCGUUCAAAAGAAUGAUGCAGACCUUUCUAGACCUAAAAUCGAAACAGCCCGAGGAUCUUCCGAGUAUCAUCAAGAUAGCAUUUGGCCUCGCUGCUUAUUUCCCACCCGUGAAAUCCGAGAUCCGAUUGGACUUCUUCGACGAGCAACUCAAUGAGGUACAGAAAGAAGCAGUUUCUUUUGCCCUGGAAGCUACAGAUUUAGCCUUGAUUCAUGGCCCCCCCGGCACAGGUAAAACUCAAACAUUGAUAGAGAUCAUCCGUCAACUUGUAGCUAGAGAUCUCAAGAUUUUAGUUUGUGGGCCUUCAAAUAUAUCGGUUGACAAUAUCGCAGAUAAAUUGGGGCCAUUUCGAAUCCCGAUGGUGCGCAUUGGCCAUCCGGCUCGACUACUUCCAAGUGUUAUAUCCACUUCUCUCGAUGUUGCCAUCAAGUACUCUAGUGGGGGGAUGCUUGUCAACGACAUUAGGAAAGAAAUGGAUGAGAAAUUGAACAAUUCCAAGAAGACACGAAAUGGUACCGAACGGAGAAAGCUUUGGGAGGAUAUUCGCGACCUUAGAAAAGAGUGUAAAGUUAGAGAACGAAGGUGUAUCGAAGAUAUUGUAAGAGCUAGCAAGAUUGUGCUAUCGACUCUUCACGGGGCUGGGGGUCGGGAUAUCAUACGACAAAAUUUUGAUGUUGUUAUCAUCGACGAAGCCGGGCAAGCCCUUGAAGCGCAAUCUCUAAUUCCACUCGCUCGGGGACCAUCCAAGUGCAUUUUGGCUGGCGACCAUUUGCAACUUCCGCCGACGAUCCCAAGAACGGAUAAAACCUCUAGCUUACGAAAGCUUGAGCUCAGUUUAUUUGAAAGACUUAUCAAGCUCCAUGGGCCACUCAUCAAAAGAACACUUUCCGUACAGUACCGUAUGCAUGAAAUGAUCAUGAAGUACCCUUCGAUUGGACUGUACGAUUCGUUACUACUUGCAGAUGUCUCAGUUCGAUCGCAUCUACUAUCAGACCUUCCAAAUGUCAUCAAAACAGACGAAACUCAAGAGCCACUGGUUUUCUGGGACACGAACCCACAUGGAGGUUUUGGAGAAGACGAUACUGGAGCGCAUGAAAGUAAGAGUAAUGCGAUGGAAGCUGAAGCUGGAGUCCAGCCAAAGGAUAUAGCAAUUAUCACACCGUACAACGCCCAGGUGGCCCUUCUGUCAGGACUCAUCAAAUCUGAAUUCCCAGAUGCAUUUUCUGAAAUUGAGAUUGGAAGUGUAGAUGGGUUCCAAGGCCGAGAAAAGGAAGCGAUCUUACUGAGCCUAGUUAGAAGUAAUGAAAAGAAAGAGGUCGGCUUCCUGGCCGACGAACGGCGUCUCAAUGUUGCUAUGACGAGGCCGAGACGCCACCUUUGUGUCAUUGGAGACUCGGGAACUGUUGCUCGUGGGAGUGUUUUCUUGAAGGGUUGGAUGGACUUCCUAGAGGAAAAUGCCGACUUGCGGUACCCUGACACUAUAAUGCUCCAACAGUGA